AUGGUAAACUCGACAAUUUUAGUGACCGUGGUACUGGUCCUGGCGCUCAGAGCGCUACAAUGGUGUUCUGGGUAUCAGCACAAGUUUAUAGAUAUGAUUUGGUGCAAACCUGUUGCUUUGAAGCUGCAGGGUCUGAUAAAGAAGCGGCGUGAGCUACACCUGGCGCAGCAGUCUACUAGCGCCCAGGACGAGUAUGCAAAGUGGACGAAGCUUAACCGUCAGAUUGCGCAAUUGGACACACAGGUGAAACAAACGCAAGAGCAGUUGGUGGAAAACCGUAAAGUGGGCGAGAAGAACCUUGGGAAGCUGCGUCUCGUUUUCUUCACAGCUCCGCUAUUAGUGCUCAGAUUCUGGAAGGGUAAGUUGCCAGUUUACGCACUGCCCAGUGGUAUGUUUCCACGCGUAGUGGAAUCUGUGCUCUCGCAGGGAUGGGCAGCGGCGGCGCUGGCGCCUGUGAGGUUUGUGUGGGCAUCGGGCACUGUGAAGCCAAUGCAAGUUGAGACCCCGGUGUGUCUAGCCAUCUGGCUUUGGGCUCUAUCGCGUGUUCUGGACACAAGUGAGUUCGUCGUACGUAGUUUGUGCAUGUAG